AUGGUGGUGAUGACGCGGUUCAAGGGCUCGUUCGUGGAUGUGCUGCUGGUGCCCAUCAACCCGCCCCCCUCCGUGGCUCGCGACAUCUCCCGCGCCUUCAAGGCCCUCGCCAGCUGCCCGCCCGCCUCCCUCAAGGUCUCCCUCAGGCGCCCCAGGCGAGCACAGGGGAGGAGGCGGGCGCCUGCUGCUGGGGCUAUGCAGCAGCAGCAGCAGCAGCAGCUGCUGCAGUCUCCAGUUUCCAGCACUUCAUCUCAAAAAGCGUUCCCUGCUGCAACGACUCCACCUCCUCUCCCUGCUGCUUCUUCUCCGGCCGCUGAUGCGGCUCGCAGUGGAUCACCGGUGGUGCUUCCAUCAGGGGGGGCAGCAGGGGGAUCGUGCAGCUGGAAGGAGGGUCUGCGAGACCUGGUCAGGGAUCAGCAUGGCAGAGAUAUUAUGGGAGACGAGGAGGAAUACGAUGAAGACGAUAUCGAUGGGGACGCAGAGACUUAUGGGUAUCCCAGUAGUCUGUCUUGGAAUGGUGGCGUCAAAAGCAACAGCACAAACAGCAGGAGCAGUGUCCGAAGCAGGAGGCAUGCGGCCACCACAGUUCCCCCACCAGAGGGCAUUCCUGUGACGGACAGGCCGCGGCACGCGAUGGCGAAGCACCGGCAGGCGGUGCUGGCGCUGGCAGUGGAUGGUAAGCGCGUGUUUGCGGGUUCGCAGGACGGGCUGAUCACGCUGUACGAGCUGCGGGACUUCCGGUGCGUGUGCACGCUGGCAGGGCACAGCCAGACCAUCUUCUCCCUCUCCGUGCACCACGACCGCCUCUACAGCUCCUCCACCCGCGUCGUCAAAAUCUGGGACACCAACACCUUCCGCCUCCUCUCCACUCUCCGCUACUCCGAUGGAGACGUCUUUGCGCUCGCCCUCGGCCUCGGCAGGUCUGUUGCCGGCCCUGCAGGCACCUCCAUUGUCAGGUGUACCAGGGCGCCUGCCGUUGCCGCCUCUUCUGCUGCCACUGCUGUUGCUAGUGGAGUUGGUGCAGGGAUUGGCGCUAGAGGGAGCGAGGGAAGAGACUCAGGCUCAGAAAUGGAGAGUGGUGCUACAACUGUGGGGUCUGGUGGGCAUGUGGUUCGGAUUGGGUUCGGUGAUUCGAGCCAAUCGCUGUCACCCAAAGCUCACUUGUACAGCUUCCUGGAAGGAGAUAGGUCUGGUGGGGUGGCAACAGGUUCGUUCAGAGGCUCGGCAGUCAAGUUUGGAGGCUCGUUUGUGGGAGUGGUAGGCGAGGGGGGGGAGGAGGAGAAAGGGGAGGUGAAAUAUCAGAUGAAUGGGGGAGCGGUGGUGGGAGGGGCAGGAGGGGCCGAAGGGGCAGGAGGGGGGCCAGGGGCAGGACCAGGGGUAGGAGGGGCAGAAGUGGGGGGUGGGGCAGGAGCUGGGGCAGGAGACGCAGGAGGAGGGGGAGGGGUGCGCGUGUUGCGCAAUUCCAUGGAGUCAGACAGGGGGGAAGAUGGGGGAGGGGUUGGCACGGUGUGCCACAGCACGGAGGCAGCGCUGGUGCUGACGGAUUCGAACAAGAAUGGCCACUGCAGCCGCGUCUAUGCUCUGGCUGUAGCACACCAGCUCAUCUGUAGCGGCGCGGGGGAUACCUUUGUUAAGGUGGGUGCUGGGCCACCUUCGUCAAGGUGGGUGCUGGGCUGUUUUCUUUUCAUCAUGCCCAUCAUCAUGCCCUCCCACCCCAUCCAUCCUGCCUCUUCAACUCCUCCCCCACCACAUUGA